GGUGUUCCAUUUUGUAUUUGUGUAUUCCGAUGUGAAACGGUAAAGAGAGAAAGGAUUGUUUGGGCAUCAGCUAUCAGCUGAGCUCUAAGCUUGCAGCUGGGCGUAAAGCCAAAGCAAGAGGUGGUUUGUUGUAAAUUUAUUUUCUUGGAUUUCUUCUACUAGUCCUGUACUAUCAGCGAGUAUUUUUACCUAAUGUUAUGAUGUAAUUGUAAACGAAAAUUUCAAACGCAACAAAGUCGAGUUCGAGUGCUUACCCGCUGGUUAUUGCUUAUGGUGACAGUUUCUAAGGUUACAGAUAGGCCUAACUACGGUUUGACUGUGUUCGAUUCCAGUUCAAUAAGAAAUCUAGACUAGUUGAUUAAGUUUUACAUUAAGUCUAUGAUUUAUUAUGCCAGAAUCGAUUACAGUUAAACAAGGUGUUUAUGUUGAUGAAUCGGUUGAUAUCUCGAUGAGGGAACAAGAAUCAAAUCUUGAUCAAAAUCGAGAUCGUGCGUCUAUUCGAGAUGUGUUUACUGGAAGCUGUGAACCUCAAACAGAAAUAAACGACACAACAGAUACUACAUCCAAGAACGGCAAUGCCACCAGCAAGCCUGAACCCAUUCCCAUGCAGCAAGGAGAGCGGAAGAAAAGAAGGAAAAAGAAGAGAAAAGAGCCCAGUUUGGCAGCCAGCACCUUUGAAGAUUUGUACAGACUGACAGAAGAAAUACUUGGAGAGGGAGCAUAUGCCUCCGUCAAAACAUGUGUUAAUCUCUACACAGGGAUCGAAUAUGCUGUGAAGAUUAUUGAAAAAGAACCUAACCACAGUCGGGCACGUGUGUUCCGAGAAAUUGAAACAUUCCACCACUGCCAAGGGCAUAAGAACAUUAUCCAACUUAUUGAAUUUUUUGAGGAAGAGGACAAGUUUUAUUUGGUUUUCGAAAAAGUUUGUGGAGGUCCACUUUUAGCUCACAUUGAGAAACGGGUCCAUUUUACAGAGCAGGAAGCCAGUAUGAUAAUCAGGAAUAUAGCAGAAGCUUUAAAGUUCUUACAUAAAAAAGGUAUAGCACACAGGGAUCUGAAGCCGGAGAACAUUUUAUGUGCCAGUGAAGACCAGGUUUGUCCAGUCAAGAUCUGCGAUUUUGAUUUAAGCAGUGGGAUCAUCUAUGGCGGUACUACUCCAGUCAGCACACCAGAGCUUCUGACUCCUGUUGGCUCAGCUGAGUUCAUGGCACCAGAAGUAGUUGAGGCUUUUACUGGUGAGGCUACUACGUAUGACAAGCGUUGUGAUUUGUGGAGUCUUGGUGUGAUCAUGUAUAUAUUAUUGUGUGGUUACCCUCCAUUUUAUGGACGCUGUGGAAGUGACUGUGGAUGGGAGCGUGGUGAAUUUUGUGAAGGUUGCCAGUGGUUUUACGAGUUGAGACUACUUCCAAAUGCUCUUACAUUUUUGGCAUUUUGCAGACAAUUGUCAACCUCGGGUUUGGGUGACUCCAAGAAUAACAGUGCACGAGACCUGGCAGCUUUUGCUGAAAGUGCCAAUGCUGUAAAGCGUAUGGUAGUACACCAUUUAACUUUCAGUAUGGAAAUGAUUAAACCACACUGUUGGGAAGAUGAUGAAAACUUGAUGGAAAAUACAUCCCCACCCGUGAGAGACUCCUCUCCGCUACCCAUCUUUGAAUUGUCUCCUCCAAAUGAUUCAAAACUAGCCCAACGUCGCUUACAAAACCUGAGUUUGAGACGAGCCGUGGAGUCUGUCAUUAUGAGUUAAAUAUUUGGUUUGAACUUUUUAUUACUAUUAUUUUUUCAAUAAUAUCCACAAAAAUAUUUCAUUAAGGUCUCUUCUAUAAUACUGCUUCAUUUUCUUAUCUUAACCUUUCAUACCACAUGAGGAUCUAUUUACCAGAAAACCCACAACUGUGUAAGCUUCCUCUGAAAAUAAACUUCUUGAAGUGAGCAUGGGUGAGCACAAGAAGUGUUAAAUUGUUCAUAUCCUGUGAUUUUUAGCUGUUGUUAAAACAAGCUAUACAACCCAUUUUGUGUAUCUUCAAAUAUGAAAGGUUAUAGUAUAAGCAAAGUGAAAGAAAGUGCUUAUUUUUUUGUCUGGUUAAACCUGUUUCCGACUGUUUUAAGAUUACUCUUGAGGUAGAGCCUUGAUUAUCGUAAGGAGAUUUUUGAUACAGCUUCUGUAAAACUGAAUUGAUUAGGUUUACGUAGGCAGUGGAAAACUGAAGGAUUUUUUUUGUAAGGUUUUAAUCUAUACAUUUACAAAUGAAUGGUUUUUAUGUUUGUACUUCAUGUAGUUUAAUAUACAGUUAUGCCCGUGACAGGGAGCUCUUUGUAGUAGUAGUAGUAGAAAAAUAUUCAGCUCCCACUAGGUAUUUUAGAAAAUACAGGUACUGUAUGUUUUGAUUUUAAUAUAUCUAUUAAAGUUGCUUUAAAAAUUAUUUGUUUGUAAAGUUAGUCUUAAUUUGGUUGUACUGGCAAUUAUAACGUUUUUAGAUAGUGUUUAGACCAGAUAUAUCAGAUAAACAAGGGUCUACUAAAAGUAAUUAAUCGUUUUCUCUGGAAGUAUGUUUGACUUGACUCCAUACACAAACCAACUUGGCAACUUCUCAGAACUGUUGUAUCACUGUAAUUGAACAUAUAAACCUAAAGACAACUCUUCAACAGCUGCACUGUCAUUUACUAGACUGCAAGUUUCAUUGUGUCGUGACUACUUGGACUUUGUGGAUUUUACUACUGCAAUCUUUAUUGCCAAAUACAAUAUUUAGUAGGCUGUCAGUAUUUCUAAUUUAAAUAUGUAAGACUUUAUUUAUCAUAAAUAUUUUCCAGCUGUAUUAAUAUCCAAUUAGUACUAGUUUCCUCCAGAAGGGCAAAUUUUAUCAAACACAGUUGGUAAUAUACACAUCCUAAAUGUUUGUGUAAUUAACGUUUUUUUUUUGUUUUGUUUUUUCAUCAUUCCUUAAAUUCAGAUCACUGGAUAAAAAAAAAUAAUGUAAAAAAAAACAAAAAAACCAAAAAUUUGUGGGUUUAGUGGUUCAAUGUUUAGAAUUUGUUUGAAAAUAAAAAAAAAAUAAAAUAAAUGGUGGUCAAAAAUGUGAAGUUUUUAGGUUCAGUUUAAAGGAAUGCCUGUAAAUAAUUCCGUCCAGUCUAAGGAGAAGCUUAGUUUAUGAUUUGAUUUUUUUUUUUUUCCAUUUGUGAAGCGAGUUUGAUAUCAUAAUUAACAUCUGCUCAACUAGGAGUAUUUUGAAUGGUUUGUUGUUGUAUGUUAAAGGAACUGAACUGUAUACUUAUGUUUGGGUGAACGAGAAUUUUGAAUUGGUUUUUGGAAGCUUAGAACUUUUUCAAUAUUUUAAGUAAACUAGACACAUUUAAUACUGUCUACUAGAACUUUUUAACUAUUAGAACCUUUAGAAAAUGAAAGCAAAUUCUUAUGAGGCGGGGAAAAAAAAAAGGUUUUGCCUAUUCAAUAGUAACCUAAGGGUCACUUAUGUACAUCAGGAUAUGAAAAAAAAAUAAAAUAAAUAUUGGUAAACUUC